CCACCGCGCCCUCUCCGUUCCUACUGAACCAAUAUCAACAACAUCGAACAUCAUCCAAGAGAUGAGUAGUCGCGGCGGUAAAUUAGCCCCAGAAGUCAAUCGAGCUCUGUUCGUAAAGAACUUGAGUUACAACGUCACUCCAGAAGAGUUGUUCGAUCUCUUUGGAAAAUUCGGCCCUAUUCGCCAGGUUCGACAGGGUAUCGCCAACAACACCAAGGGAACCGCAUUCGUUGUCUAUGAAGACGUAACCGACGCGAAGCAGGCCUGCGAUAAGCUCAACGGCUUCAACUUCCAAAAUCGAUACCUCGUUGUUCUAUACCACCAGCCCGACAAGAUGGCCAAGUCAAAAGAGGACCUCGAAGCCCGCCGCGAAUCUUUAGCUCAGCUCAAGCAGCAGCAUGGUAUCGAUUGACAAUCCGACCGGUCUGUGGAUAGCCUGCCUAGGAAGUCGACUUCCUCGUCUGCAGGCCGGUCUUCGUCUUCUCCUAAAUCUCCGUCGCCCGAUCCGAAGACGAUCCUCCGAAAAGGCCGAACCCCGACCAAGAGAGCAGCCACCAAGAGCCACGCAUCCCCCCGAGUCGUCCGCUUUGACGACGGACUUCGACCUGCACUGACCUGUGCAUGAUGUAUCAACACUCUUAUCACAUCGCUUUUUGGAGGGGGCUCUAGAGCAGGAGCCCAAUACACGCAUCAGCUCUGAGGUGGUUUAUCAUUGGUUCGGACUCGCUUGACACGCAAACACCUCCUUUUACGGUUUUCGGAAUUAGGUGCACUGGGGAAAUUCAAGGUUGAUUCAGCACGUGGCGAUACGACCAGUCACAAACUGCUUUUUUAAACAUAGAGCCUGGGAUAGGCUUUGAUGACGUUGCUGCCUGUGGAUAGCUUUUAUUGCGUUUUCUGUUUGUUUGUUAUUUUUUACUUUCUACCCGGAAGUCUUGGCCACGAGAAGCCAACCCCCCUCGUUCACCUUUGCCGUCUGCUUUGAUGGGCAACAGACCAUACAGAUGUGUGAUGUAUAUCAAGACUCUGACUUUCCACUUUCCUUUGGGCUUUGACGUUGCGCAUAGCAUGCUAAGAAAUCUGAUAAUGUCAUUGGAGAGGGGAACCGAUAAGCAUAGCAACCUAGAAUGAAGUCAAUUUGAUUCCGCGACAUGCAAGAAACAGUUUGAUACUGAGAAUUUUAGUUCUCCUUAC